AUGGAAGAGGGAAAUCACUCGGAAGCUACUGAGUUCAUUCUCUCAGGAUUGACAGACCGUCCCGAGUUGCAGGCCCCUCUCUUUGGAGUGUUCCUACUGAUUUAUGUGAUCUCCCUGGCGGGAAAUGGAGGGAUGAUCUUCUUAAUCACAGUUGACUCCAGACUAAACACCCCCAUGUACUUUUUCCUCAGGAGUCUGUCUUUCUGUGAUCUCUGCUGUUCCACAGUGAUUGCCCCUAAAAUGCUGCAAAUUUUCUUAGCUGAGGAGAAAACUAUUUCUCGCACUGCCUGUGCUGUGCAAUUGUAUCUCUUUCUUUUUUGUGUAGAUAUUGAGUGUCUCUUGCUGGCUGUGAUGGCGUAUGACCGUUAUGUGGCCAUCUGUAACCCGCUGCAUUAUACAGUUACCAUGUCCAGACAGCGUUGUAACUUGCUGGUGGCUGGGGUGUGCGCUGUGGGAUUGGCGGAUUCACUAAUACUGACAUAUUUUACAUUCCGGCUGUCAUUCUGCCGCUCCAACAUCAUCAGGCAUUUCUAUUGUGACACCCCCCCACUGGUGGCGCUCUCCUGCUCUGACACCCGCACCAAAGAGAUUGUGAUGUUUGCUUCCACUUGCUACAUUAUAGUCAGCAGUGCUGUGGCCAUCCUCCUGUCCUACGUCUGCAUCUUCUCCACCAUCCUGCGGAUCCGCUCUGCCGAGGGCCGGUGCAAAGCCUUCUCCACCUGCGCUUCCCACUUGUGCGCAGUGGUUAUGUUUCAUGGCCCCCAAAUCUUCAUGUACUUACGUCCCCCCUCCAGCUAUUCCAUGGACACCGACAAAAUAGCCUCACUGUUUUACUCUCUGGUGAUCCCCAUGAUGAACCCCCUCAUCUACAGCCUGAGGAACAGGGAGGUGAAGGACGCCCUGAGGAAAGUAAUCAAUAAACUCCUAACUCAGUCUUGA